AUGACUUCUCUGCAGUUUGGCAAGUACCGUGGCAAGAGUUUUGUGUGGCUUCUGCAGAAUGAUGUUGGUUGGGCUACCAUGUUAAUGACUUACCACAAACGUGCUCGCGAGACAGCAAAGCGGUACGGGGAUCCACAAUGGGACAAUAAAGAAGCUCUUUUUAGGUUAGUAUAGUUAAGCAUGCUGUUUUUAAGCAAUAAAACGAACCUGAUUUCUGUGGCACAUUAUGUAUUAGCUGUAAUGGCACAGUGUAUUUAAAAAGAGAGAUGUUUAGAAAAGGGUUUACAUUAAUUUUUUAGCACUUAUGAGACUACCAAUUUUCUUCAUGUUGUUUUCUAGCCAUUUAAUUGCCUUCAAUGCACGCUGUGUUCUUUUGUUUUACUUAUAGGUAUGUUAAUCUUUUCCCAGAGAUGAUUAAUGCCAUUGGCAAAAGAAUACGCCAGAACAAAGCCAAGGCCAGUGGAGUGGGGUCUGGAGAUGCUGAAGGACAUGCUCUUGUUGGUUUUGGACCAUAUAGUAGUAUGACUAGGAAAGGACUCUCUGAGUCAGUGGACCAAAACCACAAAAGCUAUGUACGAGAGCUCCUCCAUCAUCCAGUAACGCAUUCCAGUGGUCAACUGGAUAAGAUUAAACAGUAUCUUAUAAGGAGGCAGCAGGAGCAGGAAAAAAAUGACGAUGAUGCCGUUGCUCGAUUUGCUGAUGAGGUUGACGAAAGAAUGGGCACAUAUAAUAAAUAAAACUGAUGACAGUAUCAUAUUUUAGAAAUAUAUUAAACUUGUAUGUUGUGACGUAGUAAACGGUUUCCUGUAAAAGGGUGUAAUUUGCUUAUCAGUAGUAAGCAAAUUACAUCCUUUUUUCUCAAUUUCAGCCCAAAAUUUAAACAUGACAUUUAUACAUGUACAUGUACAGAUAUUAUUUAUAUAUUACAGAUGUUAUUUGUUUAAGGUAGAUUUUUUACUGUUAGUCUGUUUGAUUUAAUACUGUCAAUCCUUCUAUUAUCUAUUUGUAGUUACUCCCUCUACUGGUCCCAGUUCGACAGUGACAGCUGCACCCCCUAUAUCGGAUACUCCAGAGGUUAGAUAUAUAAUUAUUUAUUAUUAGAAUUUAUAUUGUUAUUGGUUUUAAAGGUUGUAUCUGGUUGAACUAAGUCCUACACAACUGUUUAACAGUAUCAUUUUUCUUUUACAUCUACCCUUUUCACAGAAAAUUGCUCUUCCCAAAGCUUGGCAAGAGACCUUACCAAUUGAGCAACAACGUUGGAUGAGCAAAGCACUGUACCAGUUCAACCCUUCGACUGGCAAGUCCGAGAUAAAGAAAGACCUUAAGAUGUGGUGGAUCCCACCAGAGCCUGUCCAUAACUGCAACCAACCCCCAGCUUCACCUGACACUUACUUUUGA